AUGUCCUCCCAGGAGCCACCUCGUGACCCAGUCACCAAUGAGCCCAGAGCUACGGCAGUUCCUGACCCGGCCCGCCCUGAUUCUUCUCAACAAACUGAAGCCCCAAAAAGCACUUUGGUGGCUCUCAAAGAUGCGUUGGUAGUCUCUGACAGGUUGAUCGGAGAUGUGUCCUUGGAGCGAAGCCGUAUUCGAAGACACAUCAUUCAACAGCGCGCAGUGCCUGAUAGCCAAACUGCGCACCUUUCUGCAACCAAUACCCGGACCGACAACCUUCAGCUUCUUUAUGACAGGACAAUCAAAUUGGGGUCGAGAGCCAACAACUAA